AUGGCCCUCGGUGACUUCGAAAAUCUCGUGACCAUUGCGAAGGGCUCUUUCGGCGUCGUAUACAAGGCGGUGAGGAAGGACAACGGGCGUGUUUACGCCUUGAAACAGGUAAAUAUCACGAACAUGAACCGUGCCGAGCGGGAGGAGGCCGUCGACGAGGCCCGCGUCCUGGCGGAGAUGGACAGCAAGUACGUCAUCAAGUACUAUGACUGCUUCCUCGAGGAUGGCAAGCUGAACAUCGUGAUGCAGUUUGCACCCAACGGAACCUUGCAUAGCCGAUUGCACGCGCAACGCGGCCAGCCGAUGUCCGAGGAUAAUAUCUGGAAGUUCUUCAUCCAAGCUCUACUCGGAUUGCGUCACAUUCAUUCCAAGAAGAUCAUUCAUCGCGAUAUGAAGUCUCUCAAUCUCUUUUUCGAUGCCGGGGACAACGUGUUGGUUGGAGACUUGGGCAUCGCUAAGGUACUGAGCCCCAACACCCUUUUCGCUCGAACAAUCGUCGGAACGCCCUACUAUUUAUCUCCAGAGCUAUGCGAGGACAAACCUUACAACGAAAAGUCAGAUGUUUGGGCGCUUGGUGUUGUUCUGUACGAGAUGUGCACCGGGGGAAAGCACCCCUUCGAUGCUCAAAACGAGGGAGCCUUGAUUCGUAAGAUCAUGAAAGGUGUCUAUCCGCCUCUACCCGCGGGAAAGUUCAGUGCACAGCUUUCGGAUAUUUUGCGACUAUGUCUAACCAUGGACUAUAAGCAAAGGCCAGACACUGCAACUCUGUUAAGGAACCCAGCGUUGGCGAGCAGAGCUCGGAGCUUGUGCAUCGAACUCGAUCCUGAUGCAAAGAACGAGUCCCAGCGCCCGAGUGCAUCUUUUAUUUCGGCUGCGAACAUCAUGGACUCCAAUGCUAUCGAAUUGUACGAUCCGGCAGAAGGACGUAAAGCCAUUCUGUCAAAAGGGAUGGAACGGCAGCCUCUUGCCGAAAUGGUACCUACCACCUCUCUUUCUCAGCACUCAUGGGAGCUUCCGGCCAACCCACAUCUUCAGCAGCAAAUUCGCUCUUCGGAAUCUUCAAAGAUAGGAUCGCAGCGUGUACAUUAUCCAGGCGUCCCUCCGAUCGGACACGCCGGCGUGGAAGACGAUGUCGGUUAUCCUGAGCUGGAAGUGACACGCCCCGUGCAGGAAAAUCCGAUGCAAGCGAGUGCGCAACAGCCCCAACACCUUGCCACAGGUGAGGUGGCAUUGACUUCAGACGGAACACGAACCCAUUCAGAGUUGCAGGCAGCACCUCCACCACUCUCCGACUUAGUUGCAGCGAUCGAGGAAAGGAAACAGGCAUUAAAUGCCGCGAGGGCGAACGGCCGGGGUAACGCCGCCGCAGAGGUCUUUAAGUCUGGUUUUGACUGCACAGAUCCUUUCCUUGCACACCAGAUGGCAAAACUUGGAGUCAAUGCUGAUGAGUUUCAGGAAGCUGUAGCAGCGGCGGCCGCUGAAAGAAACCACGCGAUGCAUGCAGCUAAGGCGAAUGGUCGCGGCGCUAACGUUAUGGGACUCAUGGGAGGUUAUGGGGGUGAAGCGUCCUUCAAGGGGAAUGGAUACGGGCAGCACUUGUCUGGAGACGCACAGCAGCAAACUGCGAUGAUCGAAGCUGGACAACCCAUAAAGGCACGCUCACAGUCAAAUCGCCCUUACGAUUUAGAUGCGGACCAAAUGAGCGGGUCAACUUCCAGUUAUCGAACGGCUUCCAUGGAGCAGUCAGCAGCAGUCAGGAAUGCAAAGUAUGAGGCGCCAAAGUUUGCCAGGAAGCGGGCUACAGAUUUAAUGAUUACUGGGCCAUCGAUGCGUGCCUCAGGUCCGCCGUCGCGAGGCACCAGCGGGGGCAGCUCUGGCCGCGUAGCGAAUUUUGGAUACGCGGCAAGUUUGGUCGGUACUGAGUGCACGACCACGGUGGCACCCACAAGUUAUUACAAUCCUUGA